UACGAAGAUCCAUUGAAGGCAGAGCGGACAUAAAACUGCGGUGCCUGGCCUCGAGCGGUCGGUACUGAGUUUCUGCUGGGGCCUGGCGCUGGAUUCCCCGUCGAUUUUGGAAGGUUGACUUUAUGGUUCGGUUCGGUCACUGGGAACACACACACUAAAAACAGAGAGAGCCGCUCUGCUCCCUUCGCCCCUUCUUCAUUUUCUUCCCCCAAAGGCCCUGCAUGUCUAAUAUUUAGACAUGUUCAGCUUUGUGGACUCGAGGACUGUACUGCUACUUGUAGCAACUCAAGUCGUUCUAUUAGCCGUUGUCAAAUGUCAGGAAGAGGAUGACCAGGAUCCGGGCAGCUGUGUGCAAGAGGGCCAGCGCUAUAGUGACAAGGACGUGUGGAAACCGCAGCCUUGUCGCAUCUGCGUGUGCGACACUGGGACUGUGCUGUGCGACGAAAUUAUCUGCGAGGAACUAAAAGACUGUCCCAACCCCGAGAUCCCAUUCGGAGAGUGUUGCCCCAUCUGCCCUGCUGACACAAGCCUCCCCAGUGGGCCGGCUGGUGCUAAGGGACAGAAGGGCGAACCAGGAGACAUCACUGACGUUGUAGGACCAAGAGGACCAGCAGGCCCCAUGGGACCCCCAGGAGAGCAGGGACCACGCGGAGAGAGAGGGGAGAAGGGUGAGAAGGGAAGUCCUGGCCCCCGCGGCAGAGAUGGUGAGCCUGGUACCCCUGGAAACCCUGGCCCCCCUGGACCACCAGGGCCCAACGGACCCCCUGGCCUCGGCGGAAACUUUGCUGCUCAGAUGGCUGGUGGAUUUGACGAGAAGGCUGGAGGUGCACAGAUGGGCGUGAUGCAAGGACCAAUGGGCCCUAUGGGUCCAAGAGGACCACCCGGCCCCACUGGAGCCCCUGGCCCACAAGGUUUCCAAGGCAACCCCGGAGAGGCAGGAGAGCCCGGAGCAGCUGGCCCAAUGGGUCCCCGUGGCCCACCUGGACCUGCUGGCAAACCUGGAGAUGAUGGUGAAGCUGGCAAGCCUGGCAAAUCUGGUGAGCGUGGACCUCCAGGGCCUCAGGGAGCUCGUGGAUUCCCAGGAACUCCUGGUCUGCCCGGAAUCAAGGGACACAGAGGCUACCCUGGUCUGGAUGGUGCAAAGGGAGAGAGCGGAGCUGCAGGAGCUAAGGGUGAGGCUGGUGCCCCCGGCGAGAACGGCGCCCCUGGACCAAUGGGCCCACGUGGUCUGCCUGGUGAGAGAGGCCGCCCUGGACCUUCUGGAGCUGCUGGUGCUCGUGGUAAUGACGGUUUGCCUGGCCCCGCUGGUCCCCCUGGGCCUGUCGGUCCCGCUGGAGCUCCAGGCUUCCCCGGUGCCCCAGGCGCUAAGGGUGAAGCUGGUCCCACCGGUGCUCGUGGACCUGAGGGUGCCCAGGGACCCCGUGGAGAGUCUGGCACCCCGGGAUCUCCCGGCCCUGCUGGCGCUUCCGGUAAUCCUGGAACUGAUGGUAUCCCUGGAGCCAAAGGAUCUGCUGGUGCUCCUGGUAUUGCUGGUGCCCCAGGUUUCCCAGGCCCCCGUGGGCCUCCUGGACCUCAGGGAGCAACAGGACCUCUUGGGCCCAAGGGACAGUCGGGUGACCCCGGUAUUCCAGGGUUCAAGGGUGAGGCCGGCCCCAAAGGAGAGCAGGGUCCCGCUGGUCCGCAAGGCGCCCCUGGCCCUGCCGGAGAAGAGGGAAAGAGAGGACCCAGAGGAGAGCCCGGUGCUGCUGGACCCCUCGGACCCCCUGGCGAGAGAGGUGCCCCUGGUAACCGUGGUUUCCCAGGUCAGGAUGGUCUUGCUGGUCCCAAGGGUGCCCCUGGUGAGCGUGGACCACACGGUGUCUCCGGGCCCAAGGGUGCCAACGGCGACCCCGGCCGCCCCGGAGAGCCUGGACUGCCAGGCGCAAGAGGUCUUACUGGCCGCCCUGGUGAUGCUGGUCCUCAAGGGAAAGUUGGUCCAUCCGGUGCUGCUGGUGAGGAUGGGCGCCCUGGACCACCCGGCCCCCAGGGAGCUCGGGGUCAGCCCGGUGUGAUGGGAUUCCCCGGACCCAAGGGAGCCAACGGUGAGGCUGGCAAACCAGGAGAGAAGGGAUUGGUUGGUGCUCCAGGUCUGAGAGGUUUGCCUGGCAAAGAUGGUGAGACUGGCGCGGCGGGACCUCCCGGCCCUGCUGGCCCUGCUGGAGAGAGAGGAGAACAAGGUCAGCCUGGACCCUCUGGCUUCCAGGGUCUCCCCGGACCUCCUGGCCCCCCUGGUGAGGGAGGCAAGCCUGGUGACCAGGGUGUUCCCGGAGAGGCUGGAGCCGCAGGUGCCACUGGACCAAGAGGUGAGCGUGGUUUCCCAGGUGAGAGAGGAGCUGCCGGGCCCCAGGGUCUGCAGGGACCUCGCGGUCUGCCUGGAACUCCCGGAACUGACGGACCCAAGGGAGCCAUUGGCCCAGGUGGCGCUCCUGGUGCCCAGGGUCCUCCUGGCCUUCAGGGCAUGCCUGGCGAGAGAGGAGCUUCCGGCAUUCCCGGACCCAAGGGUGACAGAGGUGACAAUGGUGAGAAAGGACCCGAGGGUGCUCCCGGCAAGGACGGUUCCAGAGGUCUGACUGGUCCCAUCGGUCCUCCUGGCCCUGCUGGUCCUAAUGGUGAGAAGGGUGAAUCUGGUCCCGCCGGGCCCCCUGGAGCUGCAGGUGCCCGUGGUGCUCCUGGUGACCGUGGUGAGACUGGACCUCCCGGGCCUGCUGGCUUCGCCGGUCCCCCUGGUGCAGAUGGCCAGCCUGGAGCCAAGGGAGAGCAGGGUGAGGGCGGGCAGAAGGGUGACGCUGGCGCCCCUGGCCCCCAGGGACCCUCCGGAGCUCCCGGACCUCAGGGCCCUACUGGUGUUUCUGGACCCAAAGGUGCUCGCGGUGCUCAGGGACCUCCUGGUGCUACUGGUUUCCCUGGUGCCGCUGGUAGAGUUGGACCUCCUGGCCCUAAUGGUAACCCUGGUCCUUCUGGCCCUGCUGGUCCUCCCGGUAAAGAUGGACCCAAGGGUGUCCGUGGUGACGGUGGUCCUCCAGGAAGACAGGGAGAUGCCGGUCUGCGUGGACCUGCCGGUCCCCCCGGAGAGAAGGGAGAACCUGGAGAGGAUGGUCCCCCUGGUCCAGAUGGUCCCUCAGGUCCCCAGGGUCUGGCUGGACAGCGUGGUAUUGUUGGUCUGCCUGGACAGCGUGGUGAGAGAGGUUUCCCCGGUCUUCCUGGACCUUCUGGUGAACCCGGCAAGCAAGGUGCUCCUGGUUCCGCUGGUGACCGUGGCCCCCCUGGCCCUGUUGGACCCCCUGGCCUGACUGGACCUGCUGGAGAGCCUGGUAGAGAGGGCAACCCUGGAUCUGAUGGGCCUCCAGGUAGAGAUGGUGCCACUGGAAUCAAGGGAGAUCGCGGUAACACUGGUCCUGCUGGUGCUCCCGGUGCCCCCGGAGCACCUGGUGCCCCAGGUCCAGUUGGCCCUACUGGCAAACAGGGAGACAGAGGAGAGGCUGGUGCUCAAGGACCUGCAGGACCUCCUGGACCAGCUGGAGCCAGAGGAAUGGCUGGACCUCAAGGGCCACGCGGAGACAAGGGUGAGGCGGGCGAGGCUGGCGAGAGGGGACAGAAGGGACACAGAGGGUUCACCGGUCUGCAGGGUCUGCCUGGACCUCCCGGUCAGCCUGGUGACCAGGGUGCUUCCGGACCUGCUGGCCCCACUGGAGCAAGAGGACCCCCUGGCCCUGUUGGUCCCUCAGGAAAAGAUGGUGCCAAUGGUCUGCCUGGCCCCAUUGGACCCCCUGGACCUCGUGGUCGCUCUGGAGAGACUGGUCCUGCUGGUCCUCCUGGUAAUCCCGGACCCCCUGGUCCUCCUGGUCCCCCCGGCCCCGGCAUUGACAUGUCCGCAUUCGCAGGCCUUUCUCAGCCCGAAAAGGCCCCCGAUCCCCUGAGGUACAUGAGAGCCGACCAGGCCUCCGGAAACCUGCGCCAGCACGAUGCCGAGGUGGACGCCACCCUCAAGUCCCUUAACAACCAGAUCGAGAACAUCCGCAGUCCCGAGGGCUCCAAGAAGAACCCUGCCCGCACCUGCAGGGACCUCAAACUGUGCCACCCCGACUGGAAGAGCGGUGACUACUGGAUCGAUCCUAACCAGGGCUGCACCAUUGAUGCCAUCAAGGUCUUCUGCAACAUGGAGACUGGCGAGACCUGUGUCUACCCCAAACCCGCCAGCAUCCCACGCAAGAACUGGUGGACCAGCAAGAGCAAGGAUCGCAAGCACAUCUGGUUUGGAGAGACCAUGAACGGAGGAUUCCACUUCAGCUACGGUGAUGACAGCCUCGCACCCAACACCGCCAGCAUCCAGAUGACCUUCCUGCGGCUGCUGUCCACCGAGGCUUCACAGAACCUCACCUACCACUGCCGCAACAGCGUGGCCUACAUGGACCAGGCCACUGGCAACUUGAAGAAGGCCUUGCUGCUGCAGGGCUCCAACGAUGUGGAGAUCCGCGCCGAGGGCAACAGCCGCUUCACCUACAGCGUGCUCGAGGAUGGCUGCACGAAACACACAGGCCAAUGGGGCAAGACAGUAAUCGAGUACAAAUCACAGAAGACCUCCCGUCUGCCCAUUGUGGACAUUGCCCCCAUGGAUAUCGGUGGAGCAGACCAGGAGUUUGGAGUUGAUGUCGGUGCAGUCUGCUUCUUGUAAAGAGGAAUAACAAGAAGAAGAAAAAACACAAAAGAUAAGAAAUAAAACAC